GUGUGUGAGAUGCUUAAACGUCGCAGGGGAGUUGAUUCUUUGCUUGCCAAUGGUUGACUUGGGUAUAACUUUCUGCGCUCCUCGGGGAUUCCACAGCCCUUGUCUUCCAUCAUGUCCUCUUCAGAUCACCCUUUUAAUGCUUCGACUUUAUGUGCAGUGAUCACAUGAGUCCACUUUGUUGCCUCCUUGUUGUCCUCAGAUACCCACUCUCAGUUCCACCUCCAGAGAGAGAAUGGCAGCCGCUUUUAGAGGAAGCGCUGAGCCUUCUUGGAAGCAGAGGAGUGAGUGGAAGACGAGCCCAGAGAGGAGAAUGGUGUGGGGUGAGGCGAGGGCGAGAGCCACCACCGGGAGAAGAGCUGCGGUGGUUUACUACCUCUCGAGGAAUGGGCACUUGGAGCACCCCCACUUCAUGGAAGUCCCCGUCUCCUCCUCGGAAGGGCUCUUCCUCAGAGACGUCGUCGACCGUCUCCGUGUUCUCAGAGGCCCAGCCAUGGCUGGGUUGUACUCCUGGUCUUCCAAAAGGAGCUACAAGAAUGGGUAUGUGUGGCAUGAUCUCUCGGAAGGCGACUUCAUCCACCCUGUGCAUGGCAACGAGUAUGUGCUCAAAGGAACGGAGCUUCUCCACCUCCGCAUCCCUUCCUCCUCCUCCUCUGGUUCCCAGGAAAGCUCCGCUUCCUCCACCAGCUCCGAGAAGCCUUCGGAGACCUCCAAAUGCGCGCAAAAUGAUGCCGCCGUCUCUUCCGUGACGAAGCAGGCGGUUCGGAGCUCCAUCGAUGUGAGCGAGUAUAAGGUCUACAAGAACCACCUGAAGGCCGAACCCACCGUUAAGUCCGCCGACGCAUCUACCCAGACCGAGGAGCACAGGCGGCAUCGGUGGCGAGUUCCCAUCGGCGAAGAGAAGCGAGAGGAGAAGCUCAAAACCGUGGUGACGGAGAACCCUGCCGCCGAGCUCAGCAGAGAUGAGAUCUCGCCGCCGCCUUCCUCAUCCAGCCCGGAGACACUGGAAUCGUUGAUCAAGGCCGACUGCCGCCGGACCGCCGCGGUCGGGCCGGACGACAAGGACCGGAUGGACGGCGGCUGCUUGAGCGGCAGAGUGAGGGCCUCCGCGGUGCUGAUGCAUCUGAUCUCGUGCGGUUUCAUCUCGGUGAAGACGAACGGGUUGUCGCUGAUGCCGCAGGACAUGGGAAGACUCGGUCGAGCCGCGUCGAUGGGGCGCAUUCCGAGCUCCCGAGCCAUUAAACUGGAGGACAAGGAGUACUUCAGCGGGAGCUUGGUGGAGACCGACAAGAUGGUGGGCGAUGGCGAAGGCGGAGAGCUUCCGAGCUUGAAGAGGUCAUCAUCAGACAAUGCUGAUAGGUAUGCGUUAAACAGGAAGCUAAAACUUGAUACGGAUUCUUUCAUGGAUCUCAAUCAGUGCGAUAAAGGAAAUCUGAAUAGUAUUUUGAGUUGGUGGAUGCAGAAUCGGCUGUUGAUAUUGUUUACUUCGUGGUGUGUCACAAACAGGGGAUCGAAGAUGGAUUUGGGCAAGCAGGUCGAAGAAGACGCACGUACGAGAUGCGUGCCACGAAAGCCAAAGACGAGGAAAGAACGGAAACCUUAGAAGUAGAGAGAGAGAGAGGGAGAGAGAGAGAGAGAGAGCCAUGUAACUAAGUGAGGCGUGUAAAGGAAGAGUAGCACGCAAGCUUUCCCCAUUAACUCGAGUGAUGGUGUUCAUGUUCAUGCUUGUGCUUAUGAUCUUUCGUGAUUCUUUUCUUAGU